UUUCCCGCGUAAAUCAUACAUAGAAGCCCUAAGCUGACGCUCCCCCACGUUCGCACCCCCCACCUUCGGACGCCCUAAGCUAAGCUUCGUCGCAUUCGUCUCCGUUCCAUCGUCGGCGAUCGGCGGAGAAGGCGACUCCUAUUUCGACGAAGUUAGAAACUACCCAAAUCCCACAAUUUAGGUUAAAAUUACUGCUGCUUCAACAAAAUUUAGUUUAUAACCACUAUGAAUGCCCGUGGUCGGUGGAGAGGAAGGUCCAGUGUUGCUAGAAAUUCAGCAAAGCAAAAUCUCCAUCUGAACCAUGAGGAACUGCUUGAGCGCAAGUUGGGGUUUGAUCUCUAUACUGAAGGUGAUAAGAAGCUUGGUUGGUUACUCACAUUUUCACCAUCAUCAUGGGAGGAUCAAGAAACUAACAAGAUGUACAGCUGCGUGGAUCUUUACUUUGUUUCUCAGGAUGGAUCUACCUUUAAAGUGAAACAUAAAUUUCCACCUUAUUUCUAUGCUGCCACCAAGCAUAAGAUGGAGUUUGAAAUUGAGGCAUAUCUUAAGCGAAGAUAUGAAGGAGAAAUUGCUGAUAUUGUCAUAGUGGAGAAAGAGGAUUUGGAUUUAAAAAACCAUCUUUCUGGUUUGCGCAGGUCGUAUUUGAAGCUUAGCUUUGACACUGUCCAACAACUGAUGCGUGUAAAGAAUGAUCUUAUGCAUGUGGCUGAAAGGAAUAAGUCAAAAUUAGAGGCUUCAGAAGCAUUUGAAACCAUAUUUAUUGGUGAAAGUAAGGAAAGAUCACAAGAUCUGUUGGACUGCAUUAUUGACCUUCGUGAAUACGACGUUCCAUAUCAUGUACGUUAUGCUAUUGACAAUGAUGUUAGAUGUGGUCAAUGGUAUGAUAUAUCUGUGUCAAGUGAUGGUAUUUUACUUGAGAAAAGGGCUGAUCUUCUUCAACGUGCAGAAGUUCAUGUAUGUGCAUUUGAUAUUGAAACUACAAAACUGCCUUUGAAAUUUCCUGACGCUGAGCAUGAUCUCAUAAUGAUGAUAUCCUACAUGAUAGACGGACAAGGUUUCUUGAUAAUCAACCGAGAGUGUGUUGGUGAGGAUAUUGAAGAUCUGGAGUAUACUCCAAAACCAGAAUUUGAAGGCUGCUUCAAAGUUAAAAAUGUGAAAAACGAGAAAGAACUUUUAAAAACAUGGUUUGCACAUAUGCAAGAGAUUAAGCCAAGCGUAUAUGUUACGUACAAUGGUGAUUUUUUUGAUUGGCCAUUCCUAGAGACAAGAGCCUCUCAUAAUGGUAUUAAGAUGAACGAGGAAAUUGGUUUCCAGUGUGACAACCAUCAAGGGGAAUGUCGUUCCAAAUUUUCGUGUCAUCUUGACUGUUUUGCUUGGGUCAAACGUGACAGUUACCUUCCUCAAGGAAGCCAAGGUCUUAAGGCUGUCACAAAGGCUAAAUUGGGUUACAAUCCAUUGGAAGUAAAUCCAGAGGACAUGGUUCGUUUCGCCGUGGAACAACCUCAGAUGAUGGCUUCAUAUUCUGUGUCUGAUGCUGUUGCAACAUAUUAUCUAUACAUGACAUAUGUUCAUCCAUUUAUAUUCUCUCUUGCAACUAUAAUUCCUAUGCCCCCAGAUGAAGUCCUUCGAAAAGGAAGUGGAACACUUUGUGAAAUGCUACUUAUGGUACAGGCUCACAAGGCAAAUGUUAUUUGUCCUAACAAACACCAGUCAGACUCUGAGAAAUUCUACAAGAACCGUCUUCUAGAAUGUGAGACAUAUAUUGGUGGCCAUGUUGAAUGUCUUGAAAGCGGUGUCUUUAGAUCAGAUAUUCCUAUCAAGUUUCAGUUUGAUCCAUCUGCCUAUGAGCUAUUAAUGAGAAAUCUGGAUCGUGAUCUGCAACAUGCAAUCACAGUAGAGGGGAAAGUGGACAUUGACUCAAUUGCGAAUUAUGAAGAUGUAAAAACUGCUAUAAUGGAAAAGCUUGUCUACUUACGGGAUCAUCCAACAUGCGAGCAAUGCCCUCUAAUUUAUCAUCUUGAUGUUGCUGCAAUGUAUCCAAAUAUUAUUUUAACAAAUAGACUUCAGCCUUCAUCCAUAGUUUCAGAUGUAGUCUGCACUGCAUGUGAUUUUAAUCGUCCAGGGAAAAAUUGCCUACGCAAGCUUGAAUGGGUUUGGCGUGGAGAGACCUACAUGGCCAAAAAGAGUGAUUAUUAUCAUAUGAAGAAACAAAUUGAGUCAGAGCUGGUUGAAAACAGUGAUGGUAUGUCAGUGCCCUUUCUUGAACUCCCGAAAUCAGAACAACAGUUGAGGCUGAAAGAACGCUUGAAGAAGUACUGUCAGAAGGCUUAUAAGAGGGUUCUGGACAAGCCGAUAACAGAAGUUAGAGAUGCAGGGAUAUGUAUGCGUGAAAAUUCAUUUUAUGUGGACACAGUUCGAAGUUUCCGAGACAGGAGGUAUGAGUACAAGGAUCUUAAUAAGUAUUGGAAGGGUAAAUUAGCAGAUUCAAAAGCUUGUGGAAAUCAGAUGAAGAUUCAGGAAGCACAGGAUAUGGUUGUUCUCUAUGAUUCCUUACAACUUGCUCAUAAAUGUAUACUCAAUUCUUUUUAUGGAUACGUGAUGCGCAAAGGCGCAAGAUGGUAUUCAAUGGAAAUGGCAGGAGUUGUUACCUAUACUGGAGCAAAGAUUAUACAAAAUGCUCGUUUACUUGUUGAAAAGAUUGGGAGGCCACUUGAACUAGAUACAGAUGGCAUUUGGUGUGCACUUCCUGGAUCUUUUCCAGAAAACUUUACAUUCAAAACCAAGGAUGGGAAAAAAAAGAUCACAAGAUCAUAUCCCUGUGUUAUGCUUAAUGCCGAUGUUGCAAGAAACAACACUAACGAUCAAUAUCAGACGCUUAAAGAUGCUAUUAGCAAAACUUAUACCACACACAGUGAAUGCUCCAUUGAAUUUGAAGUUGAUGGGCCAUAUAAGGCAAUGAUACUUCCUGCUUCAAAAGCAGAAGGGAUAUUGAUCAAGAAAAGAUAUGCAGUUUUUAAUCAUGAUGGCUCUCUUGCUGAACUUAAAGGCUUUGAGAUCAAACGCAGAGGUGAGCUGAAGCUUGUCAAGGUUUUCCAGGCAGAGGUUUUUGAUAAAUUUCUCCAUGGUUCAACCUUAGAAGAAUGUUAUGCAGCUGUUGCAUCUGUUGCAGACAGUUGGUUAGAUUUAUUAGAUAACCAAGGCAUUGAUAUUGCCGACAGUGAGCUUCUUGAUUACAUAUCAGAGUCAAGCACAAUGAGCAAGUCUUUGGUCAACUAUGGGGAGCAAAAAUCAUUGGCAGUAACUACUGCAAGAAGGCUUGCUGAUUUUCUGGGAGAUGAAAUGGUGAAAGACAAAGGACUUCAUUGCCAAUACAUAGUUGCCCGUGAACCACAGGGUUCUCCAGUAAGUGAGCGUGCAAUACCUGUUGCAAUAUUUGAAACAGAACCAGAGAUUGCUAAAUUCUAUCUACGCAAAUGGUGUAAAAUAUCUUCUGACGUGAGCAUCCGGACAAUUGUUGAUUGGUCUUAUUACAAGCAACGUCUAAGUUCAAAUAUUCAAAAAAUUAUCACCAUUCCUGCUGCUAUGCAGAAGGUUCCUAACCCAGUACCUCGGGUGAUCCAUCCUGAUUGGUUGCACAAGAAAGUUUGUGAGAAAGAGGAUAGAUUUCGUCAACGCAAACUUGUUGAUAUCUUUAAUGCAGCAAGGAAAGAUGAGAUGGCUCAUGACAAAAUUUUUGAUGUGGAUAUAGAAGAAAUUUUGUCCAAAGAAGAUGAUAGAGCAGUCCCACCUCAGCCAGUAGUUCAUAGCUAUGAAAGUAACAAAAAGUAUUCAAGCCAAUCAUCUUCAUCUGGAGCAAAAUUUUCUAAUAUUGUGAAGCAAGAUCUCUUUAUUGAAAAUUGUUCAAGUGACAUUGUGAACAAGGCAACUAACUAUCAGGCUUGGCUUGAAAUGAAGAAAAGAAAAUGGAAAGCCACUCGUGAAGAAAAGAAAAGGCGCAGGUAA